AUGUCGCUAUCCCCGGAGGUUCGCGAGUCCUAUAUCAAGAAAAUUGAUUUGAUCCUCGCUGUCAGCGACCUGAAUACUAUCUCCGAAAAGCGCAUUCGCAAAGGUAUCCAGGAAACCGUGGACUAUGAUAUCACUCCGCACAAGGCUGCAAUCAAAGAGCUCAUCAUGGAGCGCUUUGACCUCUUUGCCCAGAAGAAGGGUUUAGGAUCAGCGCCGUCGGAGCAAGCAGCGCCAUCUGCCAACGGCCAAGACGGAGCGGCAGACGGUCAAACCACAGAUCCCUCUCCUCAACCGUCGUCUUCCCCGCAGAAGCGUCAGGCGGACAGUGACGAACCUGAAGAGAAUGGGAGCAAUACCCCUCCCUCAAAGAAAAGAAAGCCAGAUCAUGACAUUGAUGCGGAUGCUCUUUUCGCCGCCAAGCUUCAAGCGGAAGAGAACAAGCGCGCGAGGCCGACCAGGAGCAGUACUAUGAGAAAGACUGCGCCUGUGAGGAAGAAGGCGAAGCCUAAGACGUCAAAGAAAGUCGAUGACUCCGAUCUGGAGUCCGGCUCUGAGGCCGGUGCAAAGAAGGAAGUCAAUCGCUCGGGUGGUUUCCAUAAACCUCUGACUCUAUCGCCGGCUCUCUCCAACCUUCUAGGCGGAGAAGUCUCGCUCUCUCGUCCACAGACUGUCAAGCGGCUGUGGCAGUACAUCCGGGAGAAUGGGCUCCAGGACCCGACUGACCGCCGCCAGAUUCGAUGCGACGAACGAAUGCGCGCGGUCUUCAAACAGGAUCGUGUGCACAUGUUCACCAUGACAAAAAUCCUCAACCAGAAUCUCUAUUCCCCCGAUGAAUAA